AGCAGCAGCAGCAGCAGCAGAGUCCGAGGGAUCAUUGAUGCCAAGAGCCGGAGUCUGAACAAGUGUAAGCAAGUCGUUAGCACCCGGCUGUGGGUAGGGUAGGGGAGUGUUCCUGAGCAGCGAGGAAGUGAAAUCCGUUGCCUUGGCGCCUCCGCGCUGCGCGAUGCAAGGGAACAGCAGCCGAUCCACAUUAAGCGCACAAUCCUCGGGCACACCGUCAGCGUCCACGAUAUCCUCGUCACAAGGAAAGCAACAAGUUGUUGAACUAUCCGGCUAUGUCAUCAUACUCGUCGAGAAUGUGGAGGGGAAGAUUAAACUAUAUGGCUCACCGCCCGAUCGCGAUAAUCUGGAAGUGGGCGAUGAGAUACUCGAGGUUAAUGGCCUUUCCCUGGAGAACAUAUCGCGCACGGAGGUCAUACGCCACAUACACGAUUGCAUCAAGUCCUGUACGAUCUGUUUGCGGGUGCGCAAGAAGAAUGAUUCUCGAUUGGCCUGGGAUAUUGGGAAUUCGGUGCAGGACGCGUUUGUCAUUGCCGUCGAGGAGCACGCCCGGGAGCGACUGCAGCGACUGGCGGCUCUGAAUCGAGUGACGCCCGUGGACAUAACACAACUGUCGAAGAAGGUGAGUAGCGGAAAGAGCGGAACGACGACUAGUCAGAAGCCGCAAGACCUCAGCUUCCUGAACGACUCGACGCCCAUCUAUGUGACGUCCUUCACCAGCAACCAGAUCACCUGCUGCAGCUCCACCAUGACAACGGCCACGGCGGGCGGCCCCAUUUCCGCCCCAAUGCUGGCACCCACCACAGCCACCUGCACAAUGCCGACGCCCGCCGUCGAGCAGCAGUCGGCCAGCCAGGGGGCCUCCGCGCUGGUGAGUGCCGCUGUGGCAGCGGCCACUGCCGCCGAUCGCAAUGCCAACAGCACCACCGCAGCGGCCCUCAAGCAGCAGAGGCAGAAGCAGCUGCCCAACUCUGCGGCCGCGAUUACGGCCGGCAGCUCGACGAGCAGCGCCACCGGACAGAUCUACCAGGCCAGCCAGGCCCAGCAACAGCAGCUGCAGCAGCUCCAGCAGCAGUUGGCGGCGGCCGCCGCCGCGGGGAAGCCCCUUCAGGCCAAGUCCCUGCUCGCGAGCAGCCUGCAGCAUCUGGCCGAGGAGGUGGACAACGAGGAUCUCGAUGACGACGACGAUGAUGUGGACGGGGCCAACUAUUGCGGCAUCACCUACAUCUCGUACAACAACAAGCACGCCCAGCUGCCCACGACGACGCUGCCGGCCAGCACGACGCUGCCGGCGGCGGCGGCCACACUGGCCACCACGGCGGCGAUCCACCAGCAGCGGAAUCAGCAGCAGACCCACGCCCAGACCCACAACCGACCGGCCCCGCUGCAGCUGUGCGCCAACGAUGUGCAGUUCGUGGAUGCCGGCACCUCGACAUCGCCCCUGCUGGCCGCCAAUAGCAUUGUGACGGCAGCGGAUAUCGCUCUGCCGCCCAGCGGUAGCGGCCAUUUGCAUGGCACAACGACGCCCAAGACCGAGUACUCGACGGCAAUAUCCAGCGGCCAGCUGCAGCAGGCCUUUGCCGAGCUGCAGUUGCAUCACACCACCAAUAACAACACCUCACAGCAGCAGCAGCAGCAGCAGCAGCAGCAGCAGCAGCCACUGACACAGACUCAUUUCCAUCAGCAACAUUUAGUUUUAAGCAACAACAAUAAUAGCAAUAAUUCGAACGCAUCCAGCGGCAUAACGACAGCAGCAGCAGCAGCGGCCACAGCAGCGGCGACAGCAGCGGCGACAGCAGCAACAGCGGCAGCCACAACGGCAUCCUUGAUGAAGAAUUGUGAUCUACUGAUAGCCAACAAUCUGUAUCCACCGAGACGAGAGUUACUAGAUGACGUCAUUGUGCAUCAAUCCAGCGACGUCCAUGCAUACAAAACAAAUGUAGCGACAGCGACAGCCAACAGCAGCAACAAUCGAUCCCAGCAGCAGCAUCAGCAGCAGCAGCAGCAGCAAUUGCUGAGUGCCGCCUACGAGCUGCAGCAGCAGCAGCAACAACAACUCUUGCAACAGCAACAGCAACUGCAACAAAGUCCCACAAGUAGCAUAUCAAUAGGAAGAACAGAACUUUUAUUGGGUGAUCAGAGUCUGCGGCAGGACUCCAGCAGGAAUCGCCGGCGCUCCGGCUCAAGCAUAGUUGUCCUGGACGGUGAUGAUCUGAAGCCAUGUCUCCCGGAUGAUUACAUAAGUGGACAGCAUCAUCACUUGCAACAGCAACAGCUACAGCUACAGCAGCAGCUGCAGCAGCAGCAUCCGCAGCAUCCACAGCAUCCACAGCAUCCGCUGCAGCAGCACUAUCGCACGCAUUCGAGCGACAUAAGAGAGAUUGACCAGGAAAUGCUGACCAUGCUGUCCGUGAAUCAAGAUAACGGACCACAUCGUGAGAUGGCCGUCGAUUGUCCGGACACGUUCAUAGCACGCAACAAGACGCCACCCAGAUAUCCGCCACCCCGUCCACCGCAGACAACAGUGGCAACAGCAGCAGCAACAACAACCACCGCCACAACCACAGCUACACAAGUGGCAGAGCAGCAGACGCCAUGCAACAAUAAGUUGCAACAACAGGCAACGAUCAACAGCAACAGCAAUAGUGGCAGCAAUAGUGGCAGCGGCAGCGGCAGCAACAACAUGACAGAUGAUUAUCUCUGUGUGGUGGAUGGCGGCCACUAUCGCAGUCAGGACUCCGGCUCACCCACGUCGACAGGCACCUUCGACGAGGUGCUGAGCAAGCAUACCCUGGACUCCUUUGGCAGCAUUGCCUACCGCCACUUGCACCAGCACCAGCAGCAGCAACAAGCGACGAGCAACGGCAACAGCAGCGGCAGCGGAAGUGGAAAUGGAACGACUGCCACGCCCAACAAGGGGCAGCCGCAGCCUGUGGAUGAUCAGACCUUGGCCAGCAGCAAUACGUGCCACACCACAAGCAACAGCAACAGCAAUUCGCUGAACAGCAGCAACAGCUCCAUGCACACCAGCAACAGCAGCAGCAGCCACAUUGCCAGUGGCGCCUCCUCCUCCAGCAGGGGCAGCAACGGCAGCAGCUCGACCGUGCCCGAUGACCUAAGCCUUGCCCCGCCCGGCUAUGAGCCAGUGGUCGCACUGCUGCCAACCCUGCCACCGAUGGCCAAGCACAGGGAGCUGCCUGUCGAUGUGCCCGACAGCUUCAUCGAGAUUGUGAAGACGCCGCCGCGAUAUCCGCCACCGGCACAUCUCUCCUCACGCGGAUCGCUGCUCUCCAAUGGCAGCGCCUCCACGGCCCAGACCACGCUCUCCCCGCUGCCUUCUGCCACUGUUGCCACUGUGGGGGCUGCCGCUGCCGCUGCCACUGCCACUGCAACUGCUGCUGGCGGUGGGAGUGGCAUAGGCAUAGGCGGCGAUGCGAAGCGGGUGUCCGAUGAGCUCAAUGGCAAUGCCAAGCCUGUGCCACCGCCCCGGGAUCAUCUGCGGGUGGAGAAGGACGGCCGGCUGGUCAACUGUUCGCCCGCCCCCCAAUUGCCGGAUCGUCGGGCAGCGGGCAAUGGCAACGGCAGCAGUGGCAGCCACAGUCAGCAGCACCAUCCGCAGCAGUUGCACCACCAUCAGCAGCAGCAACAGAUCGCUCAGAUUGUGGAGCCCACGCUGGAGCAGCUGGACAGCAUCAAGAAGUAUCAGGAGCAACUGCGCCGCCGACGCGAGGAAGAGGAGCGCAUCGCCCAGCAGAAUGAGUUCCUGCGGAACAGUCUGCGCGGCUCCCGCAAACUGAAGGCGCUCCAGGAUUCGGCCACACCCGGCAAGGCGGCCAUGGCCCAGCAGCCGCCGGCUGCGACGGGACUAGCCGCCAUGCCCACCGGCGUGGAGAACGAGGCGUAUCUGCCGGAUGAGGAUCAGGCACAGCCACAGCCACAGCCGCAGCCAGAGCAGAUCGAUGGCUACGGUGAGCUGAUCGCGGCACUCACCCGGCUCCAGAGCCAGCUGAGCAAGAGCGGCCUCAGCACGCUGGCCGGACGGGUCUCGGCCGCCCACAACGUCCUGGCCAGCGCCAGUGUGGCCCAUGUGCUGGCCGCCCGCACCGCCGUCCUGCAGCGUCGACGCCCCCGCGUCGGCGGUCCACUGCACCACAACGCCCUCGGCCUGCAGAAGGACAUCGUGGAGCUGCUGACCCAGUCGAACACCGCGGCGGCCAUCGAGCUGGGCAACCUGCUCACCAGCCACGAGAUGGAGGGCCUCCUGCUGGCCCACGACCGCAUCGCCAACCACACGGACGGCACGCCCUCACCGACGCCGACGCCCACACCCGGCAGUGGGCUGGGCUCGAUGAGCGGGGCCAGCAGUCCGGUGACGGGGCCCAAGCGAGCAAUGGGCGGCGUGGUGGUGGCGCCACCAGUGGUGCCGCCAACGCUGGCGCAGCGCGGAGCAAUGCCGCUGCCGCGCGGCGAGUCGCCGCCACCGCCACCGCUGCCCAUGCCGAUGCCCAUGCCGAUGCCCAUGGCCAUGCCGAUGAGCGCCUGCUUCGGGACGCUCAACGACCAGAACGACAACAUCCGAAUAAUCCAGAUCGAGAAGUCGACGGAGCCGCUGGGCGCCACCGUGCGCAACGAGGGCGAGGCGGUGGUCAUUGGGCGGAUCGUGCGCGGCGGAGCCGCCGAGAAGUCCGGCCUGCUGCACGAGGGCGACGAGAUCCUGGAGGUGAACGGCCAGGAGCUGCGCGGCAAGACGGUGAACGAGGUGUGCGCUCUGCUCGGUGCGAUGCAGGGCACGCUGACAUUCCUCAUCGUGCCGGCGGGCAGUCCGCCCUCCGGGGGCUUUGGCGGCCUCGGGCUGCCCGGCGGUUUGGCCGGCAGCGGCGGACCCGGCUCGGGACUGGGUGCACACCGGGACACAGCCGUGCUGCAUGUGCGGGCGCACUUUGACUACGACCCGGAGGACGAUCUGUACAUUCCGUGCCGGGAGCUGGGCAUCAGCUUCCAGAAGGGCGACGUGCUGCACGUGAUCAGCCGCGAGGACCCCAACUGGUGGCAGGCGUACCGCGAGGGCGAGGAGGACCAGACGCUGGCCGGCCUCAUUCCUAGUCAGUCGUUCCAGCACCAGCGCGAGACGAUGAAGCUGGCCAUCGCCGAGGAGGCGGGCCUGGCCCGAUCCCGCGGCAAGGAUGGGGCCAGCAGCAAGGGUGCCACCCUGCUCUGUGCGCGCAAGGGUCGCAAAAAGAAGAAGAAGGCCAGCUCGGAGGCAGGCUAUCCGUUGUACGCCACGACGGCGCCGGAUGAGACCGAUCCGGAGGAGAUACUCACCUACGAGGAGGUGGCCCUCUACUAUCCGCGGGCCACCCACAAGCGGCCCAUUGUCCUGAUCGGACCGCCCAACAUCGGACGCCACGAGCUGCGCCAGCGCCUGAUGGCGGACUCGGAGCGCUUCUCCGCUGCAGUGCCACUGUUCUAUCUGCUCGAGGAGCGCCUCAAGGAGGCCAAGAAAAAGACCACGGCCAAGGACACAUCACGUGCCCGGAGGGAGGGCGAGGUGCCCGGUGUCGACUAUCAUUUCAUCACGCGCCAGGCCUUCGAGGCGGACAUCCUGGCCCGUCGCUUCGUGGAGCACGGCGAGUACGAGAAGGCCUACUACGGCACAUCACUGGAGGCCAUACGAACGGUGGUGGCCAGCGGCAAGAUCUGCGUGCUCAAUCUGCAUCCGCAGAGCCUGAAGCUGCUGCGAGCCUCCGACCUGAAGCCCUAUGUGGUCCUGGUGGCGCCCCCCAGCCUCGACAAGCUGCGGCAGAAGAAGCUGCGCAAUGGGGAACCAUUCAAGGAGGAAGAACUCAAAGACAUCAUUGCCACGGCCAGGGACAUGGAGGCGCGAUGGGGCCAUCUCUUUGACAUGAUCAUCAUCAACAAUGAUACGGAGCGCGCCUACCAUCAGCUGCUGGCCGAGAUCAAUUCGCUGGAGCGCGAGCCACAAUGGGUGCCCGCCCAGUGGGUGCACAACAAUCGGGACGAGUCAUAAGGAGCCACUGGAAGCAGAGGCCAGCGACCUACAUCCCCUCCCCCCACACACACACCCACCCAUCUCAAACUGCAACUCCUGCUACUUCUGCUCCUGCCGCAGUCUUUGUAAAUACAGAAUUUCCAUCGAGGCCAUCAGCGAGGUCCUGCACGAGUCCCUCGAAGAAGUACCACACACACACAC